AGAACAAACACUGGCUGUCAGAAUCCUGUCGGGAGAACGUUGACUUUUCUUUCGUGAAGGCUGCAAUUGCAAAUUCUCCAGAGGAAAUGCUACCAACUACCUCUACCGAGCAGGGCUUCUCAAUUGAGGAGGCAACGGUGCAUGAUCUCCAACUUGCUUUCCAAAGAAACCAGUUAAGUUCUAAGGAACUCGUGGAGUUCUACUUAGAGCGAAUCCAAACACUUAACACAGACCUCAAAGCUGUGCUGGAGGUGAAUCCAGAUGCAAUAGCCCAGGCUAACAUAGCUGGUCAAGAGAGAAAGGAUAAGCCACAUGGGUCUUUCUCUGCUUUGCAUGGAAUACCCAUUUUAUUGAAGGAUAACAUUGCAACUAAGGAUAAGUUGAACACCACCGCAGGGUCUUAUGCAUUGUUGGGGUCUGUGGUGCCUAGAGAUGCUGGUGUAGUCACCAGGUUAAGGAAAGCUGGGGCUAUCAUAUUAGGAAAAGCCACUCUUAGUGAAUGGUCAAAUUUCAGGUCCAAUAAUGCACCCAGUGGUUGGUGUGCCAGAGGUGGACAAGGAAAGAAUCCAUACACCAAGGGUGAUCCCUGUGGGUCUAGUAGCGGAUCAGCAAUAUCAGUAGCGGCGAAUAUGGUGACAGUGUCCCUUGGCACUGAGACUAAUGGCUCCAUUUUAUGCCCUUCAGGUUAUAACUCAGUGGUGGGGAUCAAGCCAACAGUUGGUCUCACUAGUAGAGCUGGGGUUAUCCCAAUCAGCCCCAGACAAGACACAGUUGGACCAAUUUGCAGGACUGUAUCGGAUGCUGCCUGUGUUCUUGAAACCAUUGUAGGCAUUGACAUUAAUGAUGAGGCAACAAUUGAAGCAUCAAAGUAUGUCCCAGAAGGUGGCUAUUCUCAAUUUCUGAGGGAAGAUGGACUAAGCGGGAAGAGACUAGGAGUAGUGAGAUCAUAUUACAAUUUUGGAAAUGGUACUUUUAUGCACAAAACUUUUCAGCUACACCUAGAAACCUUAAGGCAAAGAGGUGCCCUUUUGGUUGACAAUUUGAAGAUAGAUAACAUCGUCGAAAUCAAUAUGGAUCAAAGUGAAGAUAUUGCUCUGGAGAUUGAAUUCAAACUAGCCUUGAAUGCAUACCUCAAUGACUUAGUUGCUUCCCCGGUGAGAAGCUUGGCCGAUGUGAUAGAAUACAACAAGAAUCACUCAGAACAGGAGAAUCUUGAUGAGUAUGAUCAGGAUCUCAUGUUGGAAUCUGAGACGACAAAUGGCUUUGGAGAAACACUGAAUCAAGCACUCCUGAAUCUAAAAAAAUUAUCCCAAGAUGGAUUUGAGAAAUUAAUGAUAGCAAAUAAACUUGAUGCUGUGGUGAUACCUUUUUCAAGAUUUAGCAAAGUACUUGCUAUUGGAGGUUAUCCAGGAAUAAUUGUUCCAGCAGGAUAUGAAGAGGGUGUGCCAUUUGGAAUAUGCUUUGGAGGGAUGAAAGGAUCAGAGCCAAAGCUUAUUGAAAUUGCAUAUUCCUUUGAGCAAUCAACUAAGAUUAGGAAGCCUCCUCCAAUUCAUAAGUAAAAAGGUUUAAUGUUAAACAAUGAUCUGUAUUGUGUGACCAUUAAUAAAAUCAAUACAAUGAUAUGGUUUGUGACAUGUAACAUAAUCCAAUAACUGAAAAGAUAAUCAGGGGUUUACUUC